ACCGUUCUCCCUCGAUGUUUGAAGUUCAAGGUUGAAGCUGCUAGAUUCCUUGAUUUAUUUGCUGCAUGUCUAAGCCAUAAUUCAGUGUUUUCUGGUUCGCUCAGAAAACUCACUUCAACAGAAAGAUCAUCUGCCCUGGGAUAUCUUCCCUCCAUUGCGGAGUUGAAAUCUGGAGCUAAUUUCUUCAAUUAUAGCCCCUCUCUUGUAAGUUCUGGCUUAUCUGAACUCCCUAAAUGCAGGCUUAUUGAGGAAAAGAGUAUAGAAAAACCUGUGAAAGGUGCUCAAAAUAACUAUGAGCUUCUUCUCAUGCCCCAUUGGUUUAGUUAUGUUGGUAGUCUUAAGUUAUACCAACCUCUUGCCGGGAUUCUCCGAUUUGUGGGUUUAUCUUUAGUGUCUUGGUAUGACAGGCAUGGUUCUGGACAGUUAUUGAGGCAAGCUAGCACAGCUGCAUGCAUGCUAAAUGAGAUAAUAUUUGGUAUAUCGGAACGAGCAAGUAAUGAUUUUGCUAGUAUAUUUCAUAAUUGUGCAUUUCAUACUUCUUUCUGGAAGAUGCCCAAGGAUAAAGGUGUAAGGAGUUAUUUAGUUGAGUGCAUUGGUGGGAUCUUACAUGAGUAUUUAGCUGCUGAGUUCCUAAUGUCUACCCGAUGGAUUUGUUUGAACACACAUGGAUCUUCGACAGACUUGAUCGUCUUGGAAUUUCAAGAUAUUUUCAGUCAGGAAUCAAAGACUGCGUGACCUAUGUUUCAAGACCACCAGAAGAUGAAGAAAACAUCAACCAAAUGGAGAAACAAAUGACUCAGAUCAAGAUUGAUACAGAAGAAUCUUAUUAGACUUUCAUUUUAUUUGACUUUAUAACAAGUAUAACAAAGAUAUUAUAAUAUUUCAGUAGUUUGAAUGUUUAAACUUUAUUAUUUAUUUUGAACUUAUAGACUAUGUUCCUUGUUUUUAUGAA